GCCGUGCAGUCGCCAUUUAGGCAGCAGCACCAGCGGAGGCUGGAGCCAUUCCAUUUGUAACAGCAGAAAGCAGGAGUGAGGCUGCAGCCCAGCCAACAGCAGCACCCACCUGGGCUCAGCACCCGGGGAGAGUGCAGAGCCGCAGCCUAGGGCAGACAGCAAGCAACGGGCAUCACAGGACGUGGGCAUCACAGGACACAAAGCAGAGGAGGAGAGGAUAGAGUUACAGCCCUGCGACUGAGACGCACUCCUAGUAGAGAAAAUCCCACAGCAGAGACUGGUGUGAUGACAGGCAGAAACUGAAAAGCUUUUGGAGCCUUCUGUUCCUUCACAGCUCCCCUUCAGAUAUUGAAAGGCCACUACCAGGUCACCUCGGAGCCUUCUCUUCUCUAGGCUGAACAGCCUCAUCUCUCUCAGCUUGUUCUCAUUGAAGAGCUGUUCCAUCCCUUGGAUCGUUUUUGUGGCCCUCCUCUGGAUGUGCUCCAACUGGUCUAUGUCUCUCUGGUACUGAGGACUCCAUAUCUGGAUGCAGUACUCCAGCUGAACCACAGACACACUGAGAAACAUGCCCGAGCAAAGCAAUGAUUACAGGGUUGUUGUGUUUGGGGCCGGAGGAGUUGGCAAAAGUUCUUUGGUUUUGAGAUUUGUGAAAGGCACUUUCAGAGAGAGCUACAUCCCCACCAUUGAAGACACCUACCGACAGGUGAUCAGCUGUGAUAAAAGCAUAUGCACUUUGCAGAUAACUGACACUACAGGGAGCCAUCAGUUUCCAGCAAUGCAACGUCUUUCUAUUUCUAAAGGGCAUGCUUUCAUUUUGGUUUACUCCAUCACCAGCCGGCAGUCCUUGGAGGAACUUAAACCAAUCUAUGAACAAAUAUGUCAGAUUAAAGGUGAUGUAGAAAGCAUUCCAAUAAUGCUGGUGGGUAACAAAAAUGAUGAGAGUCAAAAUCGAGAAGUAGAAAGCAGUGAAGGAGAAGCUAUGGCCAAGAAGUGGAAGUGUGCAUUCAUGGAGACCUCUGCCAAGCUGAACCACAAUGUGAAGGAGUUAUUCCAAGAGCUGUUGAACUUAGAGAAACGCAGGACUGUGAGUUUACAAAUCGAUGGCAAAAAAAGCAAGCAGCAGAAAAGGAAAGAGAAGCUGAAGGGCAAAUGUGUGGUCAUGUGAAAUUGCAUUGACAGGAGUCUCAUGAAUUCCCACCUGUCUGAUAAUACCCACAUAACACACAGCAAACAAUCAGAAAAAAUUGUAUUAAUUGGUAUCUGUUUUAAAACAAAUAUUCAGAAUUUGAAAAGGAAAAAAAAAAAAAAAAAAGA